AUGGUCACCAGAAUCAGAGAUUCAUGCCACACGACUGCUUUGCGAGCGCUGAUUGGAAUUCUGUUUCGAGACUCUGCCGAUAACAUUGAUGACCUAACCACCUCUGUCACCGGCUUCAUUACAAAAUGCAUCGGCAACGUUGUCCCCGCGGUAACCACCACUAUUCCUGUUCCCAAGAACUCUAAGGCUACCCUGCACAAAGACUACCGCCCUAUCCUGGACUUCCUGAUGGACCAGCGCCAAGUGGUGAGGUUAGGCUACAUCACCUCUGCCACGCUGAUCCUCAACACGAGGGCCCCUCAGGGGUGUGUGCUUAGUCUCUUCCUGUACUCCCUCUUCACCCACGACUUCAUGGCCAAAUACGACUCCAACACCAUAAUCAAGUUUGCUGACGACACAACGGUGGUAGGCCUGAUCACUGCAAACAGGGUCGCAGUGGCCACCCAUGCCAUUGAGGCAGUGGCCACCCAUGCCAUUGAGGCAGUGACCACCCAAGCCAUUAAGGCAGUGGCCACCCAAGCCAUUGAGGCAGUGGCCACCCAAGCCAUUGAGGCAGUGGCCAUCCAAGCCAUUGAGGCAGUGGCCAUCCAAGCCAUUGAGGCAGUGGCCACCCAAGCCAUUGACUAUGUCCCCUGCUUCCCGAAUUGGGCAGGCGUUGGUUCGGAGCAUGUUACCACGGCGACACUUCCUGCCUCCUUUAACGAUCUGUUACCUCACUUCCUGGUGGAGCCUGACGAUGAGUACAUAGUGAAGAACAAGCCCGUCACCCUGACCUGUCGCUCCACCCCGGCAACACAGAUCUACUUCAAAUGUAACGGGGAGUGGGUCCAUCAAGAUGAUCACCUGAUCGACCGCACCGUGGACCCUGCAACAGGUCUGCCCAUCAUGCAGGUGAAAAUAGAUAUCUCCAGACAGCAGGUUGAGAAGAUCUUUGGUCUGGACGACUAUUGGUGCCAGUGUGUCGCCUGGAGCACUACGGGAACCCAGAAGAGCCAAAAGGCAUAUGUCAGGAUCGCCUACCUGAGGAAGAACUUUGAGGAGGAGCCAAUGGGGAAGGAAGUCUCGUUGAACCAGGAAGUGUUGUUACGCUGUCAUCCUCCAGAGGGCGUACCACCAGCUGAGGUGGAGUGGCAGAGGAACGAGCACGUGAUCGACCCGGUAAGCGAGCCCAACUUCUUGGUGACUGGGGACCGUAAUCUGAUCAUCAAACAGGCCAGGCUGGCGGACACGGCCAACUACACCUGCGUGGCCAAGAACAUUGUGGCUCGACGCAGGAGCUCCCCCGCCACCGUUCUGGUCUACGUGAACGGAGGUUGGUCUACCUGGACAACGUGGUCGGCGUGCAGCGCAGUUUGUGGGAGGGGCUGGCAGAGGAGGAGCCGCAGCUGCACCAAUCCCACGCCGCUGAACGGGGGCUUGGCCUGCGACGGACAGAAUGUCCAGAAAAGCGCCUGCACCGCCACCUGCCCAGUAGAUGGAGGUUGGAGUGAUUGGUCUAAUUGGUCUGAGUGCGGAGUGGACUGUUCCAUGUGGCGCAGUAGAGAGUGUACCCAGCCCUCGCCUGGCACCGGGGGCAAAGACUGCCAGGGCAUCGACCUCCAGUCACUCAACUGUACCAGCCAACAGUGUCUACAGACUGCCAAUGGAGUUGAGGAUGUGGCCCUGUAUGUGGGUAUUGUAGCCGUAGCUCUCUGUCUGACCCUCAUCCUCAUCGUGGUGGUCCUGGUCUACCGCCGUAAGAAGGAGGGUCUGGACGCUGACGUAGCGGACUCGUCCAUCCUGACCACGGGCUUCCAGCCUAUGGGCAUCAAGCCUAGCAAGCCAGGUGUGUGGGCACCUCGGCACAGGGCCCCACCUGAGAACUCCCAUCUGCUUACCAUCCAUCCGGACCUAACCACCACGACCACCAGCUACCAAGGAACCCUGCGCUCACGCCACGACGGCAUCACACACACCGGCACCUCUAAGUUCUCAAUGACCAACGGUCCGCUCCUGGACCCCCUACCCAACGGGUCGCACCACACCUUACACAACGGGAAGAUGACCUCUGACCCGGCGGAGUUUAUGACCCGGCUGUCCAAUCAGACCUACUUCAAGACACUCACCAUCCCCAACACAGGUAACACCUUCCUGGGGGGUAGACUCACCAUCCCCAACACAGGCAUCAGCCUGCUGAUCCCUCCAGAGGCCAUCCCCAGGGGAAAGAUCUAUGAGAUAUAUCUCACUGCUCAGAGGAAAGAAGAUUUAAGGUUACCCCUGGUGGGCUGCCAGACCCUGCUGAGUCCCAUAGUGAGCUGUGGUCCUCCGGGGUGGUUUGACAUGCCCACAAUUCUCAGCAUGGACCAUUGUUCUGACGCCUGUCCUGAGAACUGGGCCAUCAGGCUGAAGAAACAGAACUACGAAGGCGUCUGGGAGGACGUCUUAAUGAUGGGGGAGGAGUUGAUCUCGGAGCCGUAUUACUGUCAAUUGGAGGCAGAGACGUGCAGAGUGUUCUCAGAGCAGUUGGGUCGUUUCUCUCUGGUGGGAGAAUCUCUAAACAUGUCCGCAGCUAAGCGUCUCCGUCUGGUGCUCUUCUCUGACGCAUACUGCUCUACCCUAGAGUAUAACAUCAGAGUCUACUGCAUGGAUGAUACACAAGAUGUCUUCAAGUGGAUACGCUGA